UCUCUGAUCUGUAUGAGCGUCUGAAGCCACACCAUCCCUCCAAAAUGAGCCGUGCCUCUUACGCCUCCUCCCAGUCCUCCUCAUACCGGCGUGCAUUUGGCGGGCCCGGCUUCAGCACAGCCCCGCUCACCCGCUCCUCUGUAUUGAGCCGUGGUUCUGGUGGCUCUCAUGCUAGCUCUCGGGUCUACGAGGUCACCAAGACAGCAUCAUCAUCGCCUGGCUACACCAGCUACCGCGCGUCUUCCUAUGGCAUCCCUUCUCUGGCGGCAGGCAUCAGCCGCUCCUGUGCCACCGGCCUGGGCGAGACCUUGGACUUCAGCCUGGCUGAUGCCCUCAAUCAAGAGUUCCUGCAGACACGCACCAAUGAGAAGGUUGAACUGCAGCACCUGAACGACCGCUUCGCCAGCUACAUCGAGAAGGUGCGCUUCCUGGAGCAGCAAAACCAGACACUUAGUGUUGAGGUGGAACGACUGAGGGGGCGCGAGCCUACGCGCAUCUCUGACCUCUAUGAGGAGGAGAUGAGGGAGCUGAGGCGCCAGAUCGAGGUAGUGACUAAUCAGAGAUCCAGAAUCGAGGUGGAGCGUGAUAACCUGACAGACGAUCUGCAGAAGCUUAAAUUCAGGCUUCAGGAGGAGAUCGCACAGAGAGAAGAGGCUGAGAACAGCCUCGCAGAAUUCAGAGCUGAUGUUGAUGCAGCCACCCUUGCCCGCUUGGACCUGGAGAGACGCAUAGAAACCCUGCAAGAGGAAAUCGCCUUCCUCAAGAAGAUCCACGAGGAGGAGAUACGCGAGCUGCAGGUCCAGAUGCAGGAAACUCAGGUGCAAAUCCAGAUGGACAUGUCCAAGCCUGAUUUGACUGGUGCUCUUAGAGAUAUUCGUUCUCAGUAUGAGGCCAUAGCUGCCAAAAACAUCUCAGAGGCCGAAGACUGGUACAAGUCCAAGGUGUCCGAUCUGAACCAAGCAGUGACCAAGAACAACGAAGCCUUGAAGCAGGCCAAAAUGGAGACCAUGGAAUACCGUCACCAGAUUCAGUCCUACACCUGUGAAAUUGACUCACUCAAGGGCACGAACGAGUCUUUGAUGAGACAGAUGCGUGACAUGGAGGACCGGCAUGGACGCGAGGCCUCUGGCUUCCAAGACACAAUUGCUCGUCUGGAGGCCGAGAUCGCCAACUUGAAGGAUGAGAUGGCGCGGCAUCUGCGGGAGUAUCAGGACCUGCUGAAUGUCAAGAUGGCUCUAGAUGUAGAGAUCGCCACUUACAGAAAGCUGUUGGAGGGAGAGGAGAGCAGGAUUACGCUGCCCAUGCAGGCCUACUCCACCAUCAGCUUUAGAGAGACCAGUCCAGAGCAUCAGCAACGUGCCUCUGAGAUGCACUCAAAGAAAACAGUCCUCAUCAAGACAAUUGAGACCCGUGAUGGAGAGGUGGUGAGUGAAUCCACACAGCACCAGGAGGACGUCAUGUAGAGCUCAAAUCAGAAGCAGAACCACAAACUACACUGAGUAUCACUAAAACCAUAAGGUUUUGCUUAAUCCUGUGCUUUUUAAUUAUUCCACACACAGCUGAUCAGAGAUGUGAGCACACUGCUGCCAGGUGAGCAAGGGAGAAGCUGUUCAAUGAUAUAUGCCUAUUAAAACAAGUAAAUUAUUAAAUAAUGCAUGUCAAAUCCCUCUGUAUUGACACUCCAAAUUGCUAAUAAAGUGAUUAAAGGACUGGUAAAUAAAAAUAGUAACACGGUUUAAAAGCCAGGGACAGACAGUGAUGUAGGUGAAACAAGGGUGCAGUUAAGAGACAAGAGGAAGAUGGGGUAGGAUAGAGAGAAACAUGAACGAUGAUAAGAAGUGAACUCAUAGCAAUAUGUGUAAUGAGAACACUGGCCUGGCAUGAAAACAUUCAAAUAAACUAAAGGUGCAUCAAUCA